AUGUCCCCAUUUGCUCACACCUCCUUGCUACCUCUGAUUCUUCCAGAUGUUGCCAGAGGGCAGGAGAGCUGUGAUGCCUUGAAAAGGGGGGACAACAGCUUGGAGUGCUGUAACACCACUGUCGAUGCAGAGGAGGAAAGCAGGGUGAACGUGACGCUGGCUGCCUGGUGCAAGGAGCUGCAGCAGGCCAGCAGCCCGGCGUGCAGGUGCCUGCGGGAGAAGGUGCACGGAGGUGAGAAGAUGGCAGGGGUGAAAGUUCUACUGGUGAAUGYCAGCAGAGCCAUCCCCCGUGAUGUUGUCUUCUCCUUCUUCCCUUUGGAGGGCCCCAAGAGGAUAAACAAAACAGGGAUGGGGAACACAAGCAAAAUCCGACUUCCCAGGAAGCUCUUUGAGUCCCUGAGCAGUCAGAAAGCGCACGUGGUGGUGACGGUGCUUGACAUCACGCAGCUUGUUUUAUUCAAGGAGACUGAACAGACACGGCACAUCCUGGACAACACGGUUGUGGGCAUCACAGUGGGAGCCACGAAGAUGACCGGGCUCUAGGACCCUGCGCAAAUCACUUUCGCCCAUGGACAACUGCCCCGUAGCAUGAACCCCCAGUGUGUCUUCUGGGACCCUGGCACAGGCCAAGGAGGAGGCUGGAACACCGAUGGCUGUGUCACCGAACUUGGAGACAAGGGGACAAUUUGCUCCUGUGACCAUCUGACCUUCUUCACCCUCCUUCUGAGUCCGACUCUGGACGGAUCCACAGCACGGGCCUUGAAGGUUAUUGCAAAUGUUGGCUGUGGGUUAGCUGUGACUUUCUCAGUCUUCUCCGUUGUCUUCUACGUCUUCUUAAGGUGUACAUACAAAAAGUUCAAGUCUGAAGAAGCCAUCCAGAUCAACUUGGCACUGCACAUGAAACUCAUCAUCAGCCUGUUCCUUCUCAACCUGACCUACCUGUUCAACAAUUGGAUCUCUAGCAUGAGCCCGCCAGGACUGUGCAAAAGCCUGGGGGGCCUCACCCACUACUGCCAGCUCUUCUGCUUCACCUGGAUGGCUCUGGAAGGGUGUCAUCUCUAUCUCCUCUUCGUCAAAGUGCCUGGCACCUAUAUCCACCAUUACCUGCUGAAGCUGUGCAUCGUUGUCUGGGGCAGGAAGAAACAGGAAGGAAGAACCUCUCCUCUGCAUUCAAGGAUUCUGGAAAUUUAUUUUCUACAAAUGAAACUGAUUUAGAAAGAAAUCUCCCAUUUCUUUCUGGGAGCGCAUGAAAGCUCCCAUUUUCCUGCUCUGAGCUGAGAUGAUUACUACUUCCAAGACCUACCAUCUUCCCAGUGUAAGAAAGAUCCUGGGGAAA